GGCGCGGCCGCCAGAUGUUGGGGCGGCGGCGGCGGCGGCGGCGGCUGGCGCGCGAGGAGCGCAGGGGUCGGCGGGCCCGGGGCGGCCCCGCAGCGGCGCGGGCAUGCACAGCGGGCGGCCCGGCCGUGUCCUGGGCCCGCUGCGCCGGGAACUGCUGUGUGGCCGGCAGUCAGGCUCACCCCCGAUGCCCGGUCCCCUUCUGCCCCCUGCCAGGCCCUGCCCUGGUGUGCGGCUCAGGCACCGGCUCAGGGCCUCGGAUGCCCUGGAAGAGGACCCCAUCUGCUGCCUGGAGGAAGGGGAGGAAGAAAGUGUGGUGACCGGAGACAGGGCUGUGUCCGUGGGGGUCUCCAGGGAGCAUGCCCUGGACUGGGACUCUGGCUUCUCGGAAGUGUCAGGGAGCACGUGGAGAGAGGAAGAGGUGCCCGUUGCCCAGCACCCAACGCCCCCAGCGUGGGCCCCUCACAGACAGCGCCUCUCAACCAGUGGCAUCCCUCUGGCCGGUGGGGCCCCUGUGGCCAGUGCACCACCUGCCCACCGACCACGGCCAAAGUCCACCCCGGAUGCCUGCCUGGAGCACUGGCAAGGGCUCGAAGCUGAGGACUGGACAGCAGCCCUGCUGAGCAGAGGUCGCAGUCGCCAGCCCCUGGUGCUGGGGGACAAUUGCUUUGCUGACUUGGUGCACAACUGGAUGGAGCUGCCCGAGGCAGCCGUUGAGGGGGACGGAGGGGGAGGGCCCCGUGCCCGUGCUCGCCCCCCCCAGUUCUUGCUUGGCCUCUCAGAGCAGCUGCGACGCCAGCUGGCCAGGGCGCGCCGGGCAGCUAUGGUGGGAAAGCGGCUGUCAUGCCCCCCUCGCCCAGAACCCGAACUGCCUGCGGACAUCUCCCGCUUUGCAGCCCUCCUGAGCUGCCGCAGCCGCCAGCCGGUCAUCUGCAGUGAUGUUGCCAGCUACCUCUGACCCUGCCCUCCAGCCGGGACAAUAAAGGCCUUGCUCUGGA